AUGUCCCAGGCGAUGCAAAAGGUCCUGUCGAUCCUCGAUCUGGAGGCGGCGGGGGAAAACCGCUUCACGGGCCGCAGCCCGCAAUCGGGCUGGCAGCGCGUGUUCGGCGGACAGGUGAUCGGGCAGGCGCUGGUUGCCGCGCAGCGCACGGUCGAUGCCGCCCGGCAUGUCCAUUCCCUGCACUGCUAUUUCAUGCGCCCGGGCGAUCCUGCGGUCCCGAUCGACUAUUCGGUCGACCGGAUUCGCGACGGCGGCAGCUUCAACACGCGCCGCGUCGUUGCCGAGCAGGGCGGUCGCGCGAUCUUCUCAUUGUCGGCCUCCUUCCAGCAUGACGAGCCGGGCCUCGACCAUUUCAUGCCGAUGCCGCCCGAGGUGCCGAUGCCCGAGGCGCUGAUGGGCGAAAGCCAGCUGAUCGAGAGCUUCAUCGACAAGGUGCCGGACAACAUCCGCCGCUACUGGCUGCGCGAGCGGCCGAUCGAAUUGCGCCCGGUUUCGUUCACCCAUUAUGUCAGCCGCGAGAAACUGCCGCCGGUGCAGCAUGUCUGGGUGCGGGCGACCGGCCCGGUGCCCGACGACCGCGCGCUUCAGGCCGCCGUUCUCGCCUAUCUGUCGGACAUGACGCUGCUGGACACCUCGCUGUUUGCGCAUGGCCGUGCGAUCUUCGAUCCGGACCUGCAGGUGGCGAGCCUCGACCACGCCAUGUGGUUCCACCGCCCGCACAAGCUCGACGACUGGCUGCUCUAUGCCCAGGACAGCCCCAAUGCGUCCGGCGCGCGCGGCUUCACCCGCGGCGGGCUCUACACGCGCGACGGCGUGCUGGUGGCGUCGGUCGCCCAGGAAGGGCUGAUCCGCCUCCGCAAGCGCUGA